CUCCUUAAUAUUCUUAACUGAAGACUUGAGUAUAUCUGGCUAUGGUUAGGGACUCGUUGUUUACAAUAAUGUUAGACACGGGAGGCUCAUGUCUGACAUUUCACGACAAAGUGCUCGUGCAUUCGUGAAACUUUGUCAAGGCGACUUUGUUGGAAAACUAUCAAUAUAACUCGAAUGAAAGUUGAGAUUUCAGCAUCUUUCAUCCCAUAGAGUGAUACCAUAUUGUGUCUUUUAACUCUGGGACAGUUUUGCUGUUUUGGAACCUACUGAAUUUAUAAUGGACUUCCAUGCUGCAAUGGAAACUUUUGCUGAAGCAUGGGUUGCUGCCAAUGUCCACACAGCAGUGAACACAGACCCUGGACAGAUAAACAAGCAGAGUCAGAAUAUGGAGGAUCAGACGACUAAUGUAACGAAAGAUCAUCCUAAAGUGAUUGCCAACCACCAACAACCACCAACUUCCCAACCAACCAGCCCUACAGCAGGUGCCAAGUCCCUACCCAUUCAUUGUGUAGUAGAACAGACCAGCGGACCAGUAUCGUUUGAUGAUGACGGAAGUUCACACUACACUGUAGAACUUGACAGCUACGCAAUUCUACCAUGUACAACACUGUUCUCAGAACUAGUUAGAGCAGCACUGGUCAAGCUGGGUUACAACUCAACAGAAUCUAUGAAUGCUAAAGGAGCUAUACAGAUUAAGAACUGGAGACCUUUGACCUUUGAGGCAAUCAGCAACAACUCCAAGUCAACAGUAGAGGAUAUACUAGGGGAGCUAACUCAGGUUGCCAAAUUGAGAAUUAGGCUUUGCAGCAAGGCCAAGAUAAGUUCUGUUGAUGAGGUCAAGGGGAGGUUACUCCAGUUAUUGCUGAACCAAUCACAGGGCCUGCUGAUGAACUCUGGCUGUCCAAUCGAAAAGUCUCUUCUUACCACAUUUGCCAAAGGUGAUGCUUAUGCUAAUUUAUCACCAGAACUUCGACAAGCUUUUGACAAGUGGUAUGCAGAGCAGAUUCGUAGCGUCAAGCCAGAGGAGAGUAGAAAUACACACGAGACAUCUCCAGAAAAACAGGUGGAGACCAUUCAACACACGGAGUCUACAUCUGUCUCAUCUACUAUGCCAUCUGCCAUUACUUCUUCACCUCACUUUCACUGUAAAACAAGAAUGAGAACUUCAUUCGACCCAGAACAUGAGAUUCCAAGACUUCAGAGAUGGUUUCAGGACAAUCAGCAUCCCACACGAGAACAGAUGAUUCAUUACUUAGACGAGUUAAACUCACUCGACGCUAGAAAAGGUAGAAGGCCGUUAGACUUGACAAAUAUUAUUUAUUGGUUUAAAAAUGCAAGAGCUGCCCAUAGGAGAGCUUCUAGACAAUUUGACGGAGAUGGUUCAUUUGAUUUGGAGGAUGGCCAGGGAACUAGUCCAACUGGUGACCAAAACUUACCUUAUCUUCCUAAUAAGAAUGCAGUGUACAUGCUGCCUUACCCGAUUCAUGGCCACCAUUUCCCUACAACUGAGGAUUCUCGUCUCCCUUCUGAAACUGCCAAAGGUCAACAAAACAUAUCAAACGAAGAUUCUCGGGAACCCUUUGAUUUAUCACAAUCUCGUACUUCUAGUCAAAGCAAAUCUCCUGUGGAAAUAAAGAGAGAAGUUACCUCCCCUUUAAUCAAAGAAACAGGGAGUGUCCAACUGAAACAGGAAGCAGACGACACUGAAAACAACAACAAGAGCAGUCCUGCAGUGAAUGGUUGUAAUAAAUCUGAUGUAUCUAGUCCAAGAGAAACAAAUAAUUAUGAUGGCAAUAGUAAGAUGAAUUCUGAUUCAGAAAUGGAUGAUUCUGAGUUUGAAGAUGAUAAAUCUAAUGUUGGGUCAGAUUCUAGUCAUGAAGCUGCCAAUCUGUCAAUCAAAAAUAUGGAGAAUCAGGGUUUCCUUAGCAACGGACUUGCACAUUUGCCAAAAACAUCAGCAGGGCUUCAUCAACCAUUGCACAUUCCGCAUUUCCCACACCCAUUAGCUAUGCACUAUUUUCCAAUGAAUACUCAUUUUAUGGCACAGCAAGCUGCAAGGUACAAUCAACAACAACAACAACAGCAACAGACGUCACAGAUGUCAAGGUCAAACUCAUCAAGCAAUACUCAUCGCAAGAGACGCACACGUGUGUUUAUAGACCCCAUGUCAGAAAUACCGAUACUAGAAAAAUGGUUUGCAGAAGACACUCAUCCAUCUUCAUACAUGAUUGAUAAAUAUACAGAUGAACUCAAUCGUUCUGAAUAUAGACAAAAGUUUCCAAGAUUGGAACCGAAAAAUAUUCAGUUGUGGUUUAAGAAUCAUCGUGCUAAAGUGAAACGAAUGCGCUUGUCGCAGGAUUACGAUCAUAUGGAUCAAGUAAUGUUAGAUUCAGACGACCAGAGUGACAUUAUCAAAAGGGAGAUUCAUUCAUAACAUUGUUGGUGAUAAUAUUACGUGUUAUGUUAUAUAUAUAUAUUAUUGGACUAUGUAGGACUCGUGUUGUGUAAUAUUGCAUCUUAGGUGCUAGUUUUAAAAAAAUAUAUGUGUGAAAUUUACAGAAUGUGAAUUUUUCAGGGAAUUUUAACGCUUAAAUAAGGUAUUGAUUUGAUUGGUGUUUUUUUCUCCUACACAUUCUCAUCUUCUUUGAUUUUUGCAAGAGCAUAAAAGAAUUGAUGAUUUAAAGCAAUACAUGGGCUUUUGUUUUAAGAAGUUUCUUUUUCAAUUUUUUUUAAUUUUUCCUGCAAUAUUAGUUUUAAUUUAUGAAACUUGAACUGUUACCCAUUACGCAAUAAGGUAUUCAUUAAGCAAUAUUUUUCAUUCUUUUGUCAAAUUUUUAUACACAAAUGCCAUAAAAAAUAAUUUUUCUGAGAUGGAGUCUCUUUGAGAGGUUGUAUUAUUUGGUGCCAAAAGGUAUCGAAAACACAAAAAGCAAUAAGUUUUGAAUGUUUAUGUAUAUAAAUAAAAGGAGAUGUGGGGUUAUGUCUGAAAAUGUUUGUAUUUUAUUAGUUAGAAACACUGUCUCGAAAAAAUUGGCAUAAUAUUAAAAAUGUUGCCAUGUAAUAAUAUACUUUAGCAAUAAUGUUGAAAUAUUGUGUAUUAUUUUUAAUGUUAUGUAUCAUGCAAUCAAUUAUUUACUCACUAAAAAUAACUUUAUUUAAAAAUUGUCCUGAAAAGUCUAUCAGAUUAUUUUAAUCAUGUGUCAAAUUCAUGUGCAUGGCAUAAGUAGAAAAAUCAGGAUAGUUUUUUUUUGGUGACAGGAAUUGUCUUUUUUAUAGAUAUUUAUUUUUGAACUCUCAAGCAUCAAUUCAAACAAUAUGUAUCAGUCAGUUUCAUGUGUGUGCGUGUCUGCUCUGUUAUCUGUUUGUUAAGUCUCUUCAUUUAAAAAAAAAUAUAUCAUUUUUAGCAUACACAAAUAAACUCUGACUUUAUUAAUCUCUACUCUUGCAAAACUAUCUGGGUUACUUCCCUUUAAACAGAAUUUUUCUGAUAUUUCUAAAUAUACAUUGAAUUUUAAUAAAGGCAUGUUAUUGCUUAACAUGGAAUUGCUUGCUUAUAAAGCAUGCAUUGGACAUUUCAUUGAUAAAGAGAAUAAUUGUAAAUAUCCCUUUAGAUGACUACUGUCAUGUGACUUUAGAUUACUAUUGUCAUGUGACUUUAGAUUACUAUUGUCAUGUGACUUUAGAUUACUAUUUUCAUGUGACUUUAGAUUACUAUUUUCAUGUGAACUAAUUCCUGGAAGACAACCAUUCCCUAGUAUUUUAACUGCUCAGAUUGGCAUGGCUUAUUUGUUUAGACAAGGACUUUUGUCUGCAUUGCAUGAUUGUAUAACAAUGGUGUCUGUUUUUAAAAAUUUGUGGAACAUAUUUAAAUGUUCAAGUUUUUAAAAACCCAACAAUUUGAUAACAUAAGGUGAUUUUACCUAGUAAUGUCACACUCAUUCAUAGUUAGUGCAUGAAAAAUAUUAUUCUGCUAACAAAAUUAAACCUCUAACCCGAAAAAAACAUUUGCCAUUAAAAGCAUGAAACAUUACAUUUAUGAAUAAAAUAUUUUCAAAUUUGUAUGAAAUUUUUCAUUCUUGUAAAUCUAGGUUUAAAUAUCAAAACCAGACUCAACUGUUUAAUUUAUAUAAGUCCAUUGGACUAUCAGUAUGUCAGUUCAGACAUUAGUCUUUCUCUGUCCAAUCAGAUUAGGUGUUACAAAUUUGCAUGCUAACACUGAUCAUGCUUUGGAUCACAUGCUUAGAAGUAAGGGAGAUCACACAUUGCAUCAUUUAAACAAAUGAAUACCUCAGUGGGAUUUUUUUAGAGUGUAUAAGAUUAAGGAGAUGAAGCAACACAUUACCCGUUUGUCUUUCAAACUAAAAAAAGGUGAAUACAAAUCAUUUUAUCAUUUUUUUAAGGGACACAUGAAAAGAAGCAUGUUUUGUUGUUAUCAUUAAAAAUAUAUGACAUCAUUUAGGCUGAAUGAUUUAUAAUUUACUGUGAAGAGUUCAGCACUGUGUUAUAAUUGUCCAAAGUUGAAUUUAUUUAUGUUACAACUCCCCCCUAGUUUACUGGAAAUAGGUACACGUUUCUUGAAGUCAAUCUUCAUAGAGAAAUAACUUUUUUUCUGUGUCUCUAAACCUUAGACUUGUGCUUUGCUAUUUUUGUGUUCACUGUAAAAAUCUAGUGCUCUAGUUUUAAUUGUACAUAUAUUGCCAGUUAUAAACACUAAUUUAUAUCAUGAUCAUUUGUAUAUAACAUUUAUUGACCAGAAAUUUGGUUAUUAAAAAAUGGAUAUGAAAAUAUGGUGUUAAAACUUGUCAGAUAUUAUGUUAUUUAUGAAAACAUUAUUUUUAUCUCGACUAAUGAUGUUAAAUAGACGUAUGGAUUUUAAAUCCAUUAAAAUGCUGCAUGAAAAAAUAAUAAAUGCUUGAUAUAUAUUUAUUUCCGUAUGUCAAAUUGCAACAGUUAUUUUCUGUAUGUAGUUUUAAAAUUCAAAUUAUAAAGAUGUAUUUUAUAGCUGUUUUCUUUUUUUAAAUCGAAAAAAUUUGAAAUCAUGCUUAUGAACUGAAAAUGACAAAUUGCCACAUUUUCCUUUAUAAAUGGGAAUUUAUAGGCACUCAUUUUUCAGGUUAUUAAAAAAAAUUAAACAUCCUUUGUAAUUUCUGACAGUUUCUUUUAUCUUUCCUCACAGGGGUUGAGGUGAUAAACAAUUCUAUUUUUAUCCUUUAAAAAACUGAAUGAUAUGAAUUAAAUCUAUAUAUAAAAAAUAACUGUUGUUUGCUUGUCUUAUAAACAGCACUAAUAUUUAUAUGUAUAUAAAAAAAUUAGAGUAACAGAUAGAGAUUUUUCUUUACAAGAAAACACAAUGAAUAUCCCUUUCAAAUAUUUGACAAUCAAAUUCAAAUUUGAACAUUAUUUUCUAUUUUUUAUAGUAAUAUGUGGCUUUGGAAAGUAAAUUCCCUGAAUAAAACUAAGGACAAAGUUAUUUAUAACUGAUUUCGAUAACUUAGAAGAUAGCUAAACAUUGACAUGUUUUUUUAGUUUUAUCGAUAAUUUAAAAUGUUAUCACUCACUAAACUUUGUGACUUAGUUUCUCGUGUCAUGCUAUAAAUAUUAGUGCUGUUUAUAAACCCUCUAUACUUUCCAAAUUGUAAACAUUCCUCUUGUAUAUUGGUGUAUACUGCUUACCAUACAAGUCCAUAAUUGAAAGCCUGUCAUUUGAUCAUUUAAAAAAAGAAAUAACUAUAUUUGAUUAAAACACUAAUGAAAUGAAUUUCUUAGUUAUGAAGUUUUUGAAAGAAAGUUGUAGUAUUAUACGUAACCUGACUUGUCUGAAACUAGAUGACUAUGGGUAAUUUUAUUGUUCAUACACUAAGAUGAAAGUAACGAUACGUCAUUGGUUGAAUUUCAAUUGUUUAGAAUGUUUUGAAACAAUCACAAUGUUUUGGUAUAUGCUUUUGAAUAUAUUAUCCAGAAUGCAUUAGAUUCUGAAACGGUGAAUUGGGAUUAAAAGUUGAUCCAUUUGAGCUACACAUAUGACCUGUGGGCAAGCAGUAUAUACUAACAAUAUUUUUAGUUAUUAGUCAUAGACGUAGGUGCUAACGGUAUACAUUAUUUUUAUUUUAACUGUUGUAUUACAUUUAGAAGACAUUUGCAAUAAUUAAUUGUUGUUUUAAUACUCUUUACAGCUAUUUUUAGACUUGUUUUGACUUGUUGACGAAUUUUAAACUCGCAAUAAUAAAUUUGUGGCAAUUAUAUAGUUUUAGAAAAAUGUUAUGAUUUGAAAUGCAACAUUUCAUUAUAAUGGGAACUAAUAUCUGCAUUUUAAUUUUAUUUUGAAUUAUAUGAUUUGUUAAUGAGAUUUGCAAUUCUUGUUAUUUAUUUUCCUGUCAUUCUAAGACAUUUCAGAGAUUGAAUUAUCUCCCUUCUUGAUUUUUUAAUUAUCUCCCUUCCUGAUUUUUUAAUUAUCUCCCUUCCUGAUGAUUGAAGUAUUUCUCUUCUUGAUUUUUCUAGGGAAAAAUAAAUUGGCUUAUUUUAUUAUCUCUCUUCUUUUAUAGUUUAUAUGCAUCUAUAACAUUCCCUUGGUUCAUGCAUUAUCAAACUAUUUAAUUUAGGAAUAUUGAAAUCAGAAGAUCUUCUAGACAGAAGAUCACUCAAUAAGGGAGAUAAUUGAAUCAUAGCUUUAUUUGUCUUUUAAAUAUACAGGGUACUUGUUAAUUUUUAAAUGUGAUUAUAAACAAAUGCUUUAUUGUAUGGGGGUUAUUUCUUGUUAUGUUAGUUAUUAGAACUGUUUUGAAUAGAGAUUGUUUCAAAUGUCAAUAUAUGUAGAAUGAAAUGAUCGAAUCAUGGUAAGAAAUGUAUUUAGUGAAAUGAAGCUUUUUAAUACCUAUACAUUUAAUGUCAAAAGUAUGCAAAGUCAAAUAUAUAAAGCAAUAAGAUAUUUAUAUUUCAACUACUUUUUGUUUGAAGGAUGAUUAGAAUAGAGUUAAAGAUUAUUUUUUCAGCAUUUUUUUUUUAAAUGAGCAAAACAAUUUACAAUUAAUGUUUUGUUUUAAUACAACUGACAUCAAUUUAAAGUGGUAAUUUUUUUGUCACAUUAAAAUAAAAACACAAUAUAUAAUUGUAGGAUCAUAAAUAUUUUGAAAUUAAUCAUGUAAGUUGAGGCAAGCAGGUAAGGAAUAUGUUCUAACUUUUUCUGGAUAAUUAGGAAUUUCUGUCUCUAUAUAACUUUUUACAUUGAAUUGAACUCUGACAAAAUCAAUGAAAAUAUGAUACAAAUAUUUAUUUUGUAAUAGUUUUAAAAUAUUUUGAUUGCAGAAUUUGUUUAAAUCAUGUUCGUUUGAAAUAUUCAAAAAUUGAAAUUAUACUCAGCAGUGUUUAUGAUCUGUGUAGCAAAAAAUCAUUCACAAAUGGUUAGUUUUGAUAUAGAAGCCUUUUUUAGGUUAAAUUUACAAAUUAAAAUUUUAAAUUAGUUUCAUAAAAUGAUUAUAGAUAACAAUGUUUUCAUACUAAUAAUAUGUUUAUAUGAUGCUCAGAUUGUUUAAAAAGCCAAGUAAAAUAUAGCAUAACUUCGAGAAUGCUUUGUAUUGAAAAGGGAGAUAAUCUUCUUUAUCUUAAAAAGGGAGGUAAUCUUCUUAUUACCUCCCUUGACAACAUCUACAUCAUUACUUGACUCUCAUUAUGAUAUUUAUACUCACAGAUACCACUUUUUAUAAUUCAGAAAAUUUCUUUUAUUCAGUUUCAAGUCUCUCACCCUAAGAAUUUUAGUUAUACUCCAAAGAAUGAAUUUUAGUUAUUUUUUGGGAGGGAUUAAAAUAAAAAGAUUUUGAUGGUCGCCUCUGUAUAAUUUAGACAUCUGUAUGCUACAGACAUACAGAUUUGUAUUUAAGCUGUGUAAAACUAUUGUUACAUGUUGAUGAUAUAUUAAGUGUCAUAGAUUAUUGUUGGACAUGCCAAAAAAUAUUGUACAUGUCAAAAUAUGCAAUAAAAUAGUGAAAAAACA